AUGGAAUCUCUUAAGAGAUUCACAAACUGCACUCAAAAGCAAAAUGAGUCUGUAAAUGAUUACAGAAGACGGUUUGAAGCCCAAGCUGACCAAGUGUUCGAAAUACUUGGCAAUAAUGUGUUGCGGGUCUAUGCAACUAAGACGCUGGGGUACUUGGAUUUGUGCAGUCCGGAGGACAAUCUGGAAGAUACCAAGGCACUCCAAGACACGUUCAAGAAAGAAGUUCUAGAAGCAUUUAAAGCAAGCGCAUUCUUUUACAGCUGUGACAGGUCUUGCUUCCAAAGCAUGUUGGAUAAAGCAAAUCAGACCUCCAAAGAAUAUCCAACUAUGAUUGAUCAGGUUGCAAAAGCGCUAAUCAAUCAUAAGCCGGACAAUUGA